AUGCCCUACCGAAACCCCAUAAUCCCCGGCUUCGCGCCGGACCCCUCGAUCGUGCGAAUAAGUGACAUGUUCUACCUCGUGACCUCAUCAUUCCAUCUCUUCCCGGGCCUCCCAAUCUACGCCUCCCGAGACCUCAUUGCCUGGCGACACAUCGGCAACGCCAUCCACCGACCAACGCAACUCAGUCUUGCGCAGUCGGGUACAAAGCUCAACCCGCUGAAUGACGGCACAGACGAAACGGCUCCUGUUACUGGUGGGUUAUACGCGCCGACGAUCCGGCACUACAAUGGGACGACCUAUAUCGUGUGUACGAAUGUGGUAUAUGAUCCGGAGAAGGAUAGCGGGGAUUGGGUGUCAGGAUUGACGUUCCAGAAUUUCAUCGUUUCGACGGGGGAUAUUGGGUUGGGGAAAUGGAGUGAUCCGGUUUUCUUUGAUUACUACGGGAUUGAUCCUGAUUUGUUUGUUGACGAUGAUGGGCGCGCGUAUAUCGCGGGUUCAUAUUGGAGGCCCUCGCCCUCAUGUUGCAUCAGUUGCUUUGAGAUCGACCUCGAUACGGGACGGAAGUUGACUGAGGAAAAGGCCCUCUGGGAAGGUCAUACGAAAGUCAUACCCGAGGGUCCACACAUCUACAAACGCAAUGGGUCCUACUACCUUCUCGUCUCCGAGGGUGGCACGCACGAGGGCCACUGUCUCACAAUCGCCCGGGCCCCGAGUAUUUGGGGCCCUUACGAGCCCUGCAAUCAGAACCCCAUUCUCCAACCUACCGCGACUUUAGACCCGUCCGUAUACUGCCACUAUAACGGACAUGGCGAUCUAGUACAGGAUACGCAAGGAAGCUGGUGGUUGGUUUGUCUCGCCGUGCGAAGGGAUCGAGCCGGACGUAUGGUGCUCGGUCGUGAGACCUUCCUAACCGCCGUUGAGUGGCCGGAGGGCCAGAUAUGGCCGCGGAUCCAGCAGCCAAUUCCGCGGAUGUUGUGGAGGCGCGUCCCAAAUGGGGAGCAUGAAGAAGGUAUAUCGUUGUCGCCUCCUAUCGAGGCUGUUCCGUCGCCUUUCGAUCCGAAGAUGGAUCUCGUGUGGAUUCGAGAUCCGGAUCUGGGAAGAUGUUCAGUGUCGAGUGAUGGAAGGGCGAUAUCGUUGUUGCCGUUGCCAACGGACCUUGCGCAGUGUACUGGAGAGUCAACAGCAUUUGUUGGCCGCAGGCAGCGUCGACUGGAUGGCUCUGCAACGGCCGAUCUGGUCUUAUCCUCUCUGUCUGGGUACAUCGAAGAUGUAAGAACGGGAAUGGCAUACUAUAAAGACGAACAUCGCUAUGCAAGGAUCACGUAUGAGCCAGCUCACGGGACACUUGUCUUUGAAGUGAAGAACAGCGCAAAGUCUCCCGCCAUCUAUAGGGAGAAGAGAGCGGAGGUUGAUCUUCGGCGGGCAACCAAGAUUCAGUUCCGGAUACUCUAUACUGGGCAGUUCAUUCACUUUAUGUACCAGGUGGAGCAGGCUGGAGAAAGGCAUGGGUGGAAUUCGUUUGGCUUGAUCGACACGCUGGAUAUGUCCUCAAAUGACUUUACGGGGCCUGUCAUUGGCGUUUUUAUGAUAGGGGCUGGGGAUAAGUGGUGCACGUUUGAAGAUGUUGAUAUCUGA